AAGCCACGCCCACUCCGAGAUCUCGGCACGGAGUAGUCAGAGAUCCAGUGUUUUCGUGUUCUCUUCUGUCAGACAGGGUGGCCUUUCAGCGACUACAUGGUGGAACAAAGAACUAAGAGAGGAGAUGUGUACAAAGGAGGAGGAGGAGGGGAAUAUGAGGAGAAACCGCUCAUCAACAACAAGAUGUAUCCCUCCUCGCCGCCGGGAGUGGCCGUCUCCAACCUCCCAAGCAUCUCUCGAGUGGAGAAAGAAACUGCAAUUCUCCAGGCAGCUGUCUUUAUCGAAGACGGCGUCAACUACCGUUCCAUCUUCCACAAACUAGACCCUCAGUCGCUCAGAGUGUACCGGAUAUACCACUCUCGCUGGAUCCAAUGGUCUCUGGCUGUCGUCAUCUUCGUCUUCCUAAUCCUCGCCUUCUUCGAGUACCCCACCUCUCUCAGUAUAUCUUCAGACCCAACCAUAAGAAAGCACGUCCCUUACUUCAACAACCCUCCCUGUGGCGUCACGGAGUCCAUAGAGUUCAUCUGCCUCGUCCUUUUUGCAGUCGACUGUGGAGUCAAGUUCUAUCUCCUUGGCUGGCGGCGUUUCAUCCAGCGCAAGUGGCUCGUCCUCUAUCUCGUCAUGAUAGUCCUCAGUUUCCCCGACAUGUUUGUGUCCCUCGGGUUCUGUCCCACCGACGUCGACAACGACACCCCGUCGCUAGGGUACACCCUCCGCUUGCGUCGAUUCUUCCGCCCGCUCAUCUUCCUCCUGUCGUCGUCCAUCAUGAAGAAACUGGCCAAGGCCAUCAAACUCACCCUCCCUCAGAUCUUCAACGUCCUCGUCCUCCUCGUCCUCCAUCUCUACGUGUUCACCAUGAUAGGUCUGCUAAUGUUCCCAGGGACGCAGUCACAAUCUUCACCCAGCGACACCAUCAACAAUUCUCUCCUAACAAACGGUUCGUGGUUUUUUGCACCGAACACGACAGAUGCAGAGGACUGCUUCACGACGACCUGUUUCCUGAACCAAGAGGGAGACACAUACUUCCAUACGGUGUGGGACGGAUUUGUCAAUCUCACCGUGACCCUCACUACCGCCAACCAUCCCGACAUAAUGAUGCCCAUCUAUCGCCGGAACCGUUUUGCUGCGCUCUAUUUCAUCAUCUUCCUCAUCAUUGGCCUAUUCCUCCUCUUCAACGUACUCAUCGCGGUCAUAUACAACCAGUUCAAGGGGUUCUUUCAGAAAUCGCUCCAGGGCAGUUUCUUUCGCCGUCGUGUGGCUUACCGAGCGGCGUUCACCAUACUAUUGAGGAAGACUCGGAUCCCUGGCCGCAGAAAUCUGGAUCUAGUCGGUAGAGACCUAGUGAGAAUGCUGCUACAAACGGCAAAGAUCGAUCAGCGGGUAAUCCCACACAUGUACCAGCGACUGGAGACAAUGGAUACUGAGGGAGGAGACUGCAUUCGCUGGGAGCAGUUCUGCGAGGUUUUUGACCUCGCGUCGUCACGCGCCGGUUCUCGCUACUGGCGCGGGAGGAGAAAGGAGACGAGACCGUUUUACUGCCGUAACCGCGUCCUCGGUUGGAUACAGUUUAUUGUCCGUCACCGCUAUUUUCGUUGGUACACCCACCUAGUCACGAUGCUGAACCUUCUUCUGGUGUCCAUUGAACUCCAGAGAACUGACCUCCGCGACCGAAACUCCCUCCUUGUCAUCUACAACUUCAUCUUCAUCUUGUACUAUGCCAUUGAGCAAGUGUUUCGGGUGGCAUUUCUCGGGUUUCGAGAGUACUUUUCGACCCUGGGUAACAUCUACGACCUGAUUAUCACCAUGGUGCUGGUUCUGUUGCAGCUGCUGGCCACGGCAUUGUUUAGUUCCCCGUUUCAACGGCACAACAUCGUGGGCGGCUACGACUCACUCAUAAGACUGAUGAACGUGUUCAUCGUCUUGCGACUUCUGCGAUUUGUCCCUCACAUCAAGAGACUCUGGAUGCUAACAAACACGAUGGUGGCACUAAUUAAAAACCUCCGCGGGUUCGCCGGGAUAAUUAUCGUCGUCUAUUACAUGUUUGCUCUCCUCGGGAUGGAGAUAUUCUCAAACGCCAAGAUUGUUAACCCCGACAACGUGAACGAGUGUGGUUCGUACGACAAUCUCGGGUACUAUGCAAACAACUUCAACGAUUUCGCUUCUUCCCUUGUGGUCCUGUGGGACAUUAUGAUAGUCAAUAACUGGUACGUGUUUCUGAACAAGUUUGCCCGCGACUCUUACCUCCAGGAGUGGUCGAAACUCUACUUCAUUGCGUGGUGGUUGGUGUCAGUGGUGGUGUGCGUCAAUCUGUUCAUCUCGCUGGUCCUGGAGACCUUCCUGGUCCAGUGGCAGGCCACUCUUCUGACACAGGAGCAGCAGGAU